GAAAAUUUUUUUUUGUGCUCUACAUAAGUAACUGAAGCUGCUUCCAACAAAGUUAAGUUCCGUAAAAUUUUUAUUUAGAAUUUUUAUUGCAAUGAAUAAGGCGUAUUAUUGCUUAACUUUUAUUCUUGUAGCUUCGGCAAUCAUCACCGAAGUGAUAUCUCACCCUCAUAAAUUUACUAUACCUGAAACAGAACGAAUAUGUGCAAGCCAUUAUGGUAUUAAUAUAACAUUGAGUGAAUAUAUAAUAAAUGGCACUAAAAAUAUUAAAGAAGCAAUGGGAAAAGAAAUAUUACCUUGUGCUAUAGGAUGUUACAUGAAAGGAUAUGGAAUAAUUACUCCUGCGGGUUAUUUUGACGCCAAAACUUUUUUAUUUUUGUUACCCCACAUGUCCAAGGACUUGCACCUAGACGUUGCUACAGAGAAUGAUGUUAAAAAGUGCGAUGAUAUAAAAGGCCAUUGUAUUUGUGACACAACUCAAAACAUUAUCAAAUGUAUGCCACCCGUAUUGAGAGAGUAUUUUCAGAAAAAACAAUGGUUGUAAUUUUGAAUAUUACCACUGAUAUAUUUAUAUAUUAGUCCAAAAAAUGAGUAAUUAUUUUAAUAUAAAAAUAAAUUUAUAAAAUACUGACAAAGUAAUAUGAAUUUAUACAUUUUUGAUUUUUUAAAAUAUUUCGUAUGAAAACGAAAAAAUAAAAUUAUAAUUUUAAGUUAUACUUGUAUGCAUGAAAACAAUCAUCAUAAUAAAAAAAAAGUUUAAAUAUUA